AUUUAAAAAAAAAUUAUCUCAACUGGACAAGUGCCGAAGUGAAAAAUAUAACUUUUAAUUAUUUCGUUUUAUAUAAAUAAACUAAAGAAUACUUCUCUCAUUUUAAAUGUUUGAUUAUUAAAAUCUUCAAAAAUGAAAAGUUCCAAAAUCGAUAUUGGCCUCGAGCUAGAUUGCUGGAUUGAAGAACUAUCUCCGGCACAAUUGGCGGCCUAUGAAAAAGUCGCCAAUGAGCAUAAUGCAAUUAAAAAUUCCCUCAAAACUUUGAUGGGAACAAACGAGGGUAAGGAAUUAUUCAAUGGUGAAGUAUUUUCUGCAUAUUCCUUCAAGGGAAAAGUUCUGCAAGAAAUCAAAGAAGCAACUGUUCCCAAAAAGCCUCCACCCUCAACUCAAAAACUUGAUAAGGCUGAGCGUAGAAAACGAGCCGCCACCAAUUUGGUGUACAUGGAAUCAUCUGAUGAUGAUGAGGAUAAUAUUCCGUUGGCCAAACGUGUUAUAACACCACCUCCACCGUCAUCGUCGAAACGCGGACGUCAUAGCAAAGGAGCUCAACAAUUGUCAACUCCACAAUCGUCAUCUAAAUCAACUUCAAAAUCAUCUGCUGCUGCUGCACCUCAAAGAACUGCAUCUCCGCAACUUUCGCCACUUCCUACUAAAUCCAGCAAAAUGGCUGGAAAGUCUACACCGAAAGGAACAGCAAAGAGUUCUGUUGAUUUGGCUUCGCAAAAUUUCCGCCCAUCUGAAAUCACAUCAGUUGGUGGUUUGGUUAUUGAUUCUGAGGCAAAGGACAAUAAAGCUAAGACAUCGGAGAAAGAAGGCAAGUUGCAAGGAAAAACAUUCCCUUCAUUGGUUGUGUUGGCUAAGCCUUGGCUGAAGGUGAAAGAUAUGUCAGCGACUCGUAGUAAAUUGGAUUCUAAAGUUAAACUGGUGUUGAUGCUAACGCCGAACAAAUUCACUGAGUGGCUAAUUCAGGAGGGUCUCCUCAAGUCUGAACAAAAGUGCACCAAUCAUAAGACUAACGAGUUGAAAUUGGGUGUUUAUUCGGAUGCAACAAAAUUCCCCUACUCUGGUGGUUAUGUUUGGAUCAGUGAAUGUUGUCCAACUCGAUUUGUGUCUGUUUUUCAUGGAUCCCUAUUUGAAGGGGCACCAAAUCCUCCAUCAUGCAUUCUUAAACUUAUCUAUCAUUGGUCUUGUCAGACAAACAUUCAAAAUGUUGUCCAAUGGGUCAAAGUCGAUAACGUCUAUAUUAAAGGAGUUUAUACAUGGCUUCGUGCCGCAUGCACUUUGGCAAUCCAUCAAAAGUGCAAACUCAUGGGUGGACCAGAAAGAUAUGUAGAGGUCGGAGUAAUCUCACUUGGAACCACCAGUCAAGAUGGUCAACAGCGACAAGUUAAAGUCGAAGUUCUAGGUGUAUUGGAUUAUGCAGAUAAAACUAUUCGCUUACGAGCUGUCGAACCAGUUUCGGAUGCCGAUCGAAAUUAUAAAAAACGAUUCCAAACAAUUUUGGAACCUUUAUCACGAUGGGUGAACAAAGAUAGUAUUAUUGCUAUUGAUCUUACAGUUGACAAGAUGACUCUUUAUCAAAUGGGAUUCAAAAAUAUAGUCCAAGCUGCUGCUAAUGAUACUACUGCAAAGCAUACAAACUCAUCUGUAAUGGAUUAUCUACGUCGCAUAGUUCCAAGAAUGUUCCAAAACACUCUUAGUUUAUUGUCUCGUCAAAUGAUUCAACAAUUUCUCGAUGAACUCGUAUGGAGAGAACAAUUUGGGACAUAUGCUCUUCAAGCAUUCAACAAUAUUACUUCGCAUUUGGCUGAACAAACUCGUAUGAAUACAGGCGACACUUUGACUCAAAGAUUGUAUCAGGUCGCAACGAAUCCCUUUAAAGAUUGGAGUGUAAUUCAAAUAUCAACAGACAGCACCCCAUCGACAUCUACGACUCCAAAACGCUUAAAAAAACCAAUCAAUGAAGCUGACUAUGCUCCAACAUCAUCUGUUCUUAAAAUAAAAACCGAAAAGAAAGAUACACCCAAAAGAAAACUUGAAGAAGCCACCACCUCUAGCGCAACCGUAAAAGUCGAAAAGAAAUCUAAGACUAGCAGUAGCACUGCCACACCAACUUCGUCUAAAAAAAAUGACAAAGACAUCAAAACAAAACAACAAGCAUUACCCGAAAUGAAAGGUCUCGAAGAAUUGUACUACGGCGUCCAGGAGGGCACCGCUAAAAACUUUGAAGGUUUUACAUCAAUACAAUCACUGGAUUGUCCAAUUUGUAGUGAUUCAUUUGAUUCUAAUGAGAAACUACAAACUCAUUUGGUUGCGCAUAUAUCAAUCGAUGGCAAGGAUCAUCAAUUCCAAUGUUUGUUUUGUCUAGAGAAACAUCCCAGUGAGUUAUCAUUGUCUAAGCAUAAUCAAAUUAUGCAUGCAAUGGAAACCAAGGCAGGAACACAAUUUUGUUGCUUGAUUUGUCAACAGAGACAUUCAAGUUUGCAUUUCUUGACCGUGCACAUGCAGAAAAUUCACAAUGUACUAGAAUUGCCAUAUGUAUGUGAGGCUUGUGAGUAUAGAUCAUCCUCGCACAGGGAUUUGGUGCGACAUUUCUAUGAUGAUCACAAACAGCAGAACUUUUUACAAUGUCCAUUGUGUUUGGCUAUUUUCAGAAUAGCUGUUAAAGGUGAACUGAAACCGAAAAAUAUUGAAGCAUUUUAUAUGCAUCUUAAAGCCCAUUUACCUAGAGACGAAUUAAAGAAAUGUCCUAAGUGUGCACUUAGUUUCCAUGAAAAAGGAUUUUUGAAGAGACAUUUGGCUUACCAUCAUCAGAGUAACUUUAAGGUUGCCAAUCAAAUUCGAACUCUAUUACCUAAUUCAGCUCUAAUUGAAAUACCUAAGACUCGUAGUCAUCACAAAGAACCAACACCCUAUGUUAUGCAAACGAGAUUCAAGGAAUUAUACAUCUAUUUGAAAGCGGGAAGCAUCUGCUCUGAAUGUGACACGGAAGUUCUCAAUGAAGAUCAUUUCAUUGGUCAACUUAAGUGCACAAAAUGUGCAUACAAAACAUGCUGCGAACGUGCAAUGUUCCAACACUCGACUGUUUGUCAAAAUUCGAGUAGCAAUAAUCUUCCAGGAGCUAUGGAAUUACCCUCGGAAGAAGAAAUGCACUGUGUUUGUGGAUUUUCUACGGCAAUCGGCAAUAAAAUGGCCCGUCAUUUGGCACUUUGUUGUCAUAAAUCGGCAUAUUUGAGUGUUGAAAAUGCUCUAGAAAACACGGUUAAACGUCAUAUGCUUGAUAUGUUGGGUUUGGUACGUCGCGAUGGAGAAAAAAUGACCGACGAUGCGGCAACUGAUUCAGAGGUUGCAGUUGGGGCAGACGAAACUGCUCCAACUACUGAACAAUUAGAAGAUCCAUCACCGGGUGAUGACGAAUCACAAGAAAAUGUUGAUGAACCAAUAGAAGAAGAACAUCUUCUCGAAACGGAACAGGAUAAAGACGAAUAAAAGGUUUUAAUUUUUUUUUCUUUUUUUUUUAAAUAUAUACAUUUGAUUGUAUUAUACAUACAUAUAAAUAAAAACACAGUUAUUAAAGUAAAAACAA